UGCCUCGCAGCCCCGCGGCCAUGGGGAGCAGUGCCUUUGCCCUGGCCCUCGCCCUGGCCCUGGCGGUGUGUGUUACCCCUGCGGAGAGGAAGUGCCUCCUCUCCGGGUCAUGGCGGAGCGACACUGGCUGCCGGAUGGUCGUGUCCGUCCUCAGCAAGGACGGCAGAUUCUCCGGUUCCUACCUGCCGGGGCCUGCCGCCGGCAACUCUGAAAUCCUCACUUCACCACUGGAGGGGUCCCAGCAGGAUGCGAGGUUGGUCCCGCAUCCCACCUUCUCCUUCAUCGUGCACUGGCAGCUCCGAGACUCGGACACAACCCGGACGACUGCCUUCCUGGGCCAGUGCUACACAGGCACCAACGGGGAAGAGACCCUGCAUGCCCUGUGGCUCCUGCGAGAGGCGGCCGACAGCCCCACUGAGGACUGGAAAGCCACCCGGGUUGGCACCAGCAUUUUCACCCGAAUAAAAUAACAGCAAAUGGGGAAAUCCAGGACGCCCAAGACCGCAAGGAGAUGGUGCUUCCCCCAGACAGGCUCUGCCCACGCUGACGUGCUGCAUUUCAGCAGCUCUCUGCCUGCAGGUUCAUGCUUUCCCAGGCAAGUUCAGCCCAGCAUGAAGGCUGGGCACCAGGUGAAAAAUAAAAAGUUUCUGUGGCAA